AUGCGAAAAAAUACAAGUUGGCUUGAAACCUGCAUUCAUAUUAAUUUAGAGGAUGAACAAACUGUGAGUCUAGAAAAACAAUCCUGUGGACGUCCAUCCAAGGACUUUUUGGACAGCAGUGAAAGAGUAAAAAGGCGAAAGACCGAAGAACUUAGGACUCAAUAUAGUUCUUCUGAGCUAGGGUUUGCUGCACAAAUGCAGUUACGGGCAGAAGGAAAACUUGAUGCAGCGAAUAUUGUAAAGGAUGCCAUCUUUUUAGAUCCAUCAUGUGCCUCUAGAUACAGAAACGCAUAUUCCCAAAGUUUAAAUUCUGUUAUACCAUAUUCAACCGAUCAAGCUUUAUCGUUAUUUGUUGAAGCGAAGUUAACUAAGUAUCAGUAUAAUCUUUUAAGAAAUUCAUCAAAAGAAAAUAAUUGCAAAUUAUACCCAAACUACGAAUCUGUAACUGCUGCUAAAAAGAAAUGUUAUCCAAAAAAUAUUUCAAUAAGUGAGGUAAAGGCAGAAUUUCCCCUUCAAGACCUUUUGGAUCAUACUAUUUCUAGAAUCUUUGAAGUUCAAGAAGAUGUGUUUAAUACUUAUUCUGAAAAUGUUCAGUCAAAUUCUAAUUUAACUCUAAUUUCAAAGUGGGGCUGUGAUGGCAGUUCUGGUAUGUCAGAAUAUAAACAAAAGUUCGAAGAUGAUGGGAAUUCUGAUGCCAGUAUAUUUUUGGCAUCAUUGGUGCCCAUACAAUUAGUUUCAGAAAAAGAUGUAAUUCUGUGGCAAAACCCGCGCCCUUCAUCUCCAAGAUUUUGCCGUCCAAUAUAUAUGGAAUAUGUUCACGAAACAACUGAAAUUAUUAAACGAGUUUCAGGAAAAAUUCAAGAACAAAAAUCAACUUUAGAACCAAGCAAAAUUCAAUUUAAUGGUCAGAACAUCAGUAUUAAGCACAGUUUAGUAUUUACUAUGAUUGACGGAAAGGUGGUCAAUGCUAUAUCGGAAAACAACUGUACACAAAAAUGCUACCUCUGCGGCUGUACGUCUAAAGAUUUUAAUAAAAUCGACUUAAUUUUGAAGAAAGAAGUCGAUAAAUCAAAAUUAGAGUUCGGCAUUUCUUCUCUUCAUGCCUGGAUUCGUUUUCUUGAGUGUGUUUUACACUUGUCUUAUUAA